AUGAGUGAGAGGGUUGAUAUAGUCAAUAUUGACAGCGGUCUCACUACCGAUAAGUUCAUUUCCUGUAUUGGUGAAAGUACAGUCAUACCUGUCGGAUCGCCAUCAAACAACUCUUUAGAAUGUUCAUCACCAAUUCUAUCUUUUGGCAAUUCCGCAUGUAAUCAGAUUGGUUCAACUGUAAUGUCUUAUACAAACGUCCCAUCUAAUCAACAAACCAUGGACUACCAAUACGAGCUCAAAGAAAAAAAUGCCGACGUAGAAGAGUUCAGCCAAGCCGAUUAUCUGUCUCGUGUUGUUAAUGAAUUGUUGGAAGAAGUCCUGAGCGAACCAAGCGAAUCCCCUUCUUCAGACGACAGUCUAUCUUGUAUUAUUUCAGACGCCGAACGAUCUUCUUUAUCGGCUUGUCGAAAAUUGGAUAGAGAAGCUAAUCAUCCUAUGAAAGGGUUCACUGAAUAUGGACUGAGACCAGUCGUAGUAAGAUCAAAAAUCAAUGAUAUGAAAUUAGCUUUACGCCAUGUUGCAUUGCGCACAACAAGAUACGGAACUUUUCUUGUCCACAAGCCUGAACCUGAGUUUUUAGCACAAUAUAUUAUCGACCUCAAUUCUUCAAGAAGCAUUAAAGACAGAGAUGUCAAAAGGGUAUCUUUUGUAAAUCCUCGAUCACGCCUUUGUCAGAAAAUAGAAUUUGAUUCUUGCCAAAAGUCCAAACCAAAUGAUACUAUGCACAAUUUAGAUAAUAUGGAUAAAAGUGAAGAUGAGGAUGAUAAUGAUAAUGAUAAUGAUAAUGAUAGUGGGUCUUCAAGCUCAGAAUCCGAACAUAGACCAAACUUAGAUGAUUACGAAUAUGAUGAGCUAGAAGGCAAACUUUGCUCAUUUAUCAAGACUAUCGAAAACGAAGUGGAAAAGGAAAAUACUUUUGGGAGUUCCAGUAAAGCUCUGGAAGAAGCUGAUGUAAGAUCAAGAGUUGGCUAUUCAUUUGAUACAAUACAAUACAUUAGAGAAUACCUGGUGGACCGAUUCACUCGACAUACUUCAGUUUUCAACAGUGCCACCAGGAUCAAAAGUUUCCGUAUAGGAGUUAGCCUCCAGAAGCGGAAAAUGGAAUACUUUUACAAGAAACCCGAGAAACAACUGUGGAAAGUGUUCAAAAUCCUUUCUUGCAGUGUGUCAAGUUACAUGGAAGAUUAUGUUCAGCUGGUCGACCAAGUGGAUAAAAUGUUCCUGCAGAUAUCUUCUCAGCAGCCGUUUGAUUUGAAGCAAUAUGUAAACUUUAGGCACCACAGCCAGUUUAUGGUCCUUAAACUAGCAAAGAUGAUGCUGAGUAUUGGACAGCUAGUAAAAUAUGUGAAAGCCAUAGCUAAACUUAUACUGACAAAACGAUCAUUUAAAUCUAAAAUUACAAUUGCUAAAUCGUUGCAUAAAACGAUUGCUGAAAUCAAAGCCUACGAAAAAUAUAAAUAUUUUGGAAUGUUAGGAAGGAGAUUCAUAUCUUUAAUUUUUUUUGUGGGUGUUGUCCUUGUUGCUCAUUUGGAACCAGAUUGGAGCCCAUCUCCUUGGACACCAAAACCAAAAAGAAAAAAGCAAAAAUUAAGAAAGACUGGGCAAAGGCUUAGUCUCGGUCGAAAGAAAUAUUUUGGCUGGGAAAGAAAAAAAAAUUAA